AUGUGUCACAACCUGCUGCUUGUCCUCACUGUGCUGGGUGUAGUAAUGGGGUCUGUGUUUGGGAUGAUGCUGCGUUAUGUCCCCGAUCUGGAUGCCAACACUCUGAUGCUCAUCUCCUUUCCUGGUGACAUCCUGAUGAGGAUGCUGAAGAUGCUCAUCCUGCCCCUCAUCAUCUCCAGCCUCAUCACAGGGCUGGCUGGUCUGGACGCUCGCUCCAGUGGCCGGAUGGGUUCCAGGGCCAUGGUCUACUACAUGUCCACCACAGUCAUCGCUGCUGUGCUGGGGGUCAUCCUGGUGCUGGGAAUCCACCCUGGGAACCCUAAACUCAAGACUCAGGUCAGCAUGGCUUCCAAAAACCAGGAGGUCAGCAGCCUGGAUGCCUUCCUGGACCUCAUCAGGAACCUGUUCCCGGAGAACCUGGUGCAGGCUUGCUUCCAGCAGGUCCAGACCGUCAUAAAGAAAGUGGCCAUGCCCAUCCAGAACCAGACCGAACCUGUCUACGUCUCCAGGAAGAAGCUGGAGUUCAAGUGGGGCAUGAAUGUGUUGGGGCUUAUAGGGUUCUUCAUCACCUUCGGAAUUUGCAUGGGCAAGAUGGGCGAAAGGGGAAAGCUGAUGUCAGACUUCUUCAACAUCCUCAACGAGAUCAUCAUGAAAAUGGUCUCCAUGAUCAUGUGGUACUCCCCCAUAGGUAUUGCCUCUCUCAUCUGUGGCAAGAUUGCGGCCAUCGGGGACCUGGAGGCCGUGGCCCGGCAGCUGGGCAUGUACAUGGUGACCGUCAUGGUGGGCCUCUUAAUCCACGGGGGCAUCAUCCUGCCCAUCAUCUUCUUCGCCGUCACCAGGAAGAACCCCUUUGCCUUCUACUCGGGCAUCUUCCAGGCCUGGAUCACCGCACUGGGCACAGCCAGCAGUGCCGGAACGCUGCCGGUUACCUUCCGCUGUCUCGAGGAGAACCUCAAGAUCGACAAGCGCGUCACGCGGUUCGUGCUGCCCAUCGGCGCCACCGUCAACAUGGAUGGAACGGCGCUCUACGAGGCUGUGGCCGCCAUUUUUAUCGCCCAGAUGAAUGACAUUGAGCUGGAUGGCGGGCAGAUCGUCACUGUCAGCAUGACCGCCACCCUGGCCAGCGUGGGAGCAGCCAGCAUCCCCAGCGCAGGCCUGGUGACCAUGCUCCUCAUCCUGACCGCUGUAGGACUUCCCACACAGGACAUUAGCCUGCUGGUUGCUGUGGACUGGCUCCUGUGA